GUAGUUAAAAUAUUUGAACAAAAAAAAAAGCAGAACAUAGUAGCAGCAACGCACUAAGAACAAAGUCAGUCAUUUCUUUAUAAAAUAGCUUUAUCUAAUCUAUCUUCAAGCGCUGCGAAUUAAAGGGUAAGAAGACAAAAUAAAUAAUAAAUAAUGAUCAACAUGUAGAGCGAAAGUCAGUCAAGUAAAUACAGCCAUACAUUUUUUGGAAACGUGUCCAAGCACCUUGUUCUGUUCUUAACAAAUCAAUAGUAUUUUUUAAACCUUUAUAAAAACCAUUUACAACAUUAAUAGAUGGUUACCUAAAUACUAAUUAAUUACACGAAUAACCACUACAAAAAAUCAACAAUAGCACCUAAUACAUCCUGGCAUCCUGCGCCCGCGCAUACCCCGACCUAACACACAGGAUGCGUUCCAUUUAUAAAAUAAUAGUUUUAAAAACCGUUUAUAAUUCCGCCAUCUUUAUUGGGGUCGUUCAUUGGGAUUUAAAAAUGGAAUGAAAAGGGAAGUGUGGCUUUAUGAUGAGGUUUUGAUAUGAGUCGUUAUUGUUGUGGAGAUGAGACGGGUGAUACCAAUACUAAUUAUAUGUAAUUGUAGUUUUUUUUGCAGAUUAUUUUCUGGUUUGAAUUUGUACAGAAUUUAAUUUUUGAUUUGUGUACUUACGAUAAUAAUAUCGAGAUGGGACGUUUAGAUAAGGGUAUUAAAAAAUUGAUAUGUAUUUAGGUUAUAUUUAGGUCGGUUUUUUUAACAACCUUAGGUAUUUUAAACAUUCAACAAUUCUAGAGAAACUGAGGGGAGACAAGGCUGAAGAUUCAAAGAUUCUUUUUGAGUGUUUUGAAAUAAAAUUACCUAGAUACACAUACUUAAAUGAUAAAUGACUAGUUUCCUAGAAUCUAGACUCACACUAUUAAAAAUAUAAUAUUUGUGUAAGGUGUCCAUUUAAAAUGAUCUAGUUUCGUCAUUAGUCCAAAGAUUAACUCCGACAAAUAUGACUUCCCAGUUCUUACUUUAAAGUUAAAGCUUAAUAAAUACUUAUAAUUGUUUUGUUAAUUCCCAUGUGGUCUUAGCCGGCACUAAUAAUAUGUAAUAAAUCUAAACAGGCAGCCUCUUCGUGUUAUAACAUAAUAAAUUUAUUUUUUGUAAUUUCAACUCUUGAGUUGGCGCUUCAUUAAACAAGUCGAAAAAUCAGACAUAGAUUUAUAGAGCUCCUCUCUACAUUCGCAACACCAUUAGCUAUACCUGAGGUGUGUGAUGUCUGAGACUACACGCCAUCCAUCACGCGUGUUGUCUGUCCCUCGGCCGCAGCAGAUGGCUCUAAUUCUAUGGGUGUUUUAUUUCUUAACAAAUCGAGUGCUUGUGUGUCAAUUAAUAUAAUAUUUGUCACAUAAAUAACCGGAGAUCCUUCCGCUAUUAUCCGAACGCAUAAACUCCACCAUUCCAGCUUAUUAUUCGCAGUACAAUAGUUUUUAGCGGGCGCGGGGCGAGGGAGGGGGGCCGGCCCGCAAAAACUGCACCCGACUUAAUUAUAAAGAGACAAGAAGCGCCAUUAAAUAGCGAUUCGUUAAAUCUACGCUCUCGUGUUAACACCACACGUGCUCCGUCCCGCUCGCUCUCCUCCCCGACAGAGCGGGACGGCUAUAGUUCUGGGGCGACGGCUCGGUUUAGGGGCGGCGUCCGCGAUAUAAGGUUUAGAUUGACUGGGCGGCGUUCUCUAUUCAGGUUUUUUUCUGUUUGCGAGCUUGAGCGUCGGCGAGAGCUUUUCAUUUGGUGUCGGGUCGCGCUCGCGGGCGCACGCACUGUCUGCAGGGUGCGAUGACCGAGUGACUCGCUACGACUCGUGUGUGUAUGCAGUGAGCUGAUCAUGUCGGAGUUGCGAGGCUCGCCGCCGAUGGCGCGGGGGCUGGAGAGCGGGUUCGCCCCGCUGGCGGCGCUGAGCUCGCUGGCGGAGGCGCCGCCGCCGGCCGCCAACCCGCACGGCAUCGACCACAUCCUGGCGCGGCCGGCGGCGGGCGCGGGCGCGGCGGCCGGCCUGCUGGCGCCGCGCCUUUCCCUCGCGGCGGCGGCGGCCGGCAUGGCGCACUACCUGCAGCACAAGCCGCUCUACUGGCCCGGCUUCCAGGGGCUCGUCUCCAACCCCAUGGCCUGGCGCGAGCGCCUGCAGUCCAAUUUUGUUGCAGUGAGCAACGGCGCGCUGAGCGCGUGCUCGCAGGUCGGCAUGGACAAGGACGGCAAGAAGAAGCACACGCGGCCCACGUUCAGCGGACAGCAGAUCUUCGCGCUGGAGAAGACUUUCGAGCAGACCAAGUACCUGGCCGGGCCCGAGCGCGCCAAGCUGGCGUACGCGCUCGGCAUGACCGAGUCCCAAGUCAAGGUCUGGUUCCAAAACAGAAGAACGAAGUGGAGGAAAAAGCACGCCGCCGAGAUGGCGACCGCGAAGCGCAAGCAGGAGGAGCUGGGCGAGGAGUGCGACGAGCAGGAGCCGCACGAGAACGAGUGCAGCGACGAGGAGGAGGCCAAGAGGCCGCGCCUCGAGCUGCACCACAUGCACCACCAGCUGCCGCACCGCCAGUGAUCGCUCCCGCCGGGCGAGCUCCCCGCCCGCGCCUGCCACCCCCCCGCCCCCGAGGACGCGCCCUGCGACCUCUCCGCCUGGCCCGCGCGCCGCCACCACCACGACCACCAGCCCCACCAGCCCCACCAGCCGCGUGGUGACAGUGACCAAGUGAACAGUGACAGCGUCAGUGUCGACGACGACCAGCCGAUCAAUUUCGCGUAUUACCACUUCUAAGUGACGCGGAAUUAGGGAGAGUCGGCUCAAACGAACUUAUAAACUAUGAUAUGAAUCGUCGUAACUUAUUGUAAAUGGUUUUAAAUCGGUGUUGCAGUUUGUAACCAGGUUAUUAUGAACUUUCGUCAUUCAAAUCUUUUUACAGUCGUAAUGUUUGUUAAAACUUAAGACAUGUCAAUGGAUACUGUAAGCGCUAUGUAAAAAUAAUUAGCUUUACAUCUGUAAAUAUUUAUUGUAUAAGUAGUCAUGUGAUACAUUAUAAGUAAUUUAUUGAUAAUUUUAGAUUUUACAUGUAUUUUGUGAGCAUAAACUUGUAAAUUGAAUGAAUCUUGAUACCGGUGCCAAUUUCCUGUGAGUAGUUUAUAUUUCGAGUAAAACCUAGUAUUAUUUUAAACGUAACUCGAUAUAUUAUUAUUAUUAUUUUGUGCCAGAGUAAGUGUUGUGAAGGUUAGUGUCAUACUAGCCCCGAUCUCCUCAGCUGUGUUGAACCUUGUUGUCACAAUAACUCACUACUCCUUUAGAAGU